CAAGCUCUGCAUUUAUGAUCAAGCAUCUUGAACACUUUCCUUCUUUAAAGACUGCUCUCUUGGCUCUUGGACAUUUUCGUUUUUUUUUUUUUGGGUGUGUGUCGUUGGAGUAAAAUCAGUGUUUUUAAUAGUGUUCAAAAUGAUGGAAUAUAACGGUAUUUCUACGUUUACUCUGGUCCUCCGCUUUUGUUCCCUCGCCGUGGCUUUGCGCUUCGUUCAUGGAGAUCUGAGCUAUUCUUUUCCAGAGGAGAUGAAACGAGAAUCUGUUAUUGGAAAUAUCGCCAAGGAUCUCGGGAUUAAUCCGAAGAUUUUAUCUUCAAGAAAAGCCCGUCUGGAUUUUGAGGGGGGUCGGAGACGCCUCUGUGACAUCAACGUGAACACCGGAGAUUUAAUCACAUCGGAGAGAAUUGACAGAGAAAGCCUUUGCGGAAAGAAGCCGUCGUGCGUCGUUAAUGUUGAUCUGGUGUUAGAAAGCCCGUUAGAGCUUCACCGUGUUAGCCUCCAUAUUCAAGAUGUAAACGAUAAUUCACCAAAAUUCAGAGAAAAUUUGAUACAAAUGGAAAUUAGUGAAAUGGCAGACAAAGGAAAUCGCUUCUUGAUCCAAGAGGCCCAUGACGCAGAUAUAGGUCAAAAUGCGGUUCAGAGAUACACGCUCCAAAAAAAUGAUAAUUUUAUUCUUGCUGUUGGUAACAACAAAGUAGAACUGGUUCUGGAGAACACACUCGACCGUGAAAAGCAAAGUGACAUGAAUUUACUCCUCACAGCAGUGGAUGGUGGAUCUCCUCAGAGAUCAGGUACAGUAAUCAUUCACGUUACUGUACUGGAUGCAAAUGAUAACGCCCCAGUUUUUAGUCAAAACGUUUAUAAAACGACUCUUCCUGAAAAUUCUCCUCCAGAAACUUUAGUGAUCACAGUUAGUGCAACUGAUGCAGAUGAAGGAGUGAACGCAGACGUGACGUAUCAGUUCGGACACGUGUCUGAUGAUGACGUACACGUGUUUUUAAUUGACCAGAAAUCGGGGGAAAUCCGAUUAACUGGAUUAAUUGAUUAUGAAGAAAUUACAUCAUUUGAAAUAAGAGUGGAAGCUAAAGAUGGGUUAGGACUAUCUUCCAAUGCUAAAGUUCUGAUAGAUGUUGCUGAUAUAAAUGACAACGCCCCCAUAAUAAGUCUGAAGUCUCUGUCCAGCUCCAUCCCAGAGAACGCCCCUCCUGGUACAGAGGUGGGCAUCAUUAACGUGCAGGACAGAGACUCUGACAAGAACGGACAGGUCAGCUGUUCCAUUCAAGCAAACGCUCCGUUUAAAUUGGUUCCUUCUAUCAAAAACUAUUAUUCUGUGGUGAGCACAGGACAGCUGGACCGUGAACUAGUGUCUGAUUACAACAUUACCAUCAGCGCCACUGAUGAGGGCUCUCCACCUCUGUCCUCGUCUAAAACUGUCCACUUAUCUGUAGCUGACAUCAAUGACAACCCACCUGUGUUUGAGGAACAGUCAUACAGCGCAUAUGUGAGCGAAAACAACCAAGCUGGCUCCACUUUAUGUUCCGUGAGCGCUCGAGACCCCGACUGGAGACAAAACGGUACAGUGAUUUAUUCUCUGCUAGCUGCUGAGGUGAACGGAGCCCCGGUGUCCUCCUAUGUCUCUGUGAACGGAGACACGGGGCUGAUCCACGCUGUCAGGUCGUUUGAUUAUGAACAGUUGAGGAGUUUUCAAGUGCAGGUGAUGGCCAGAGACAACGGUUCUCCUCCACUGAGCAGCAAUGUGAGUGUGAGUGUGUUCAUCUCAGAUGUGAACGACAACUCUCCUCAGAUUCUGUACCCCGCCCCAGAGGGCAGCUCCUUCAUGACUGAGCUGGUCCCCAAAGCUGCACAUGGAGGCUCUCUGGUGUCCAAAGUGAUCGCGGUGGAUUCUGACUCCGGACAGAACGCCUGGCUGUCCUAUCAUAUAGUCAAAUCCACUGAUCCAGGACUUUUCACCAUUGGUCUGCACAGUGGAGAGAUCAGGACGCAGCGGGACAUUUCCCAAUCUGACAGCAUGAAACAGAACCUGAUUGUGGCAGUCAAAGAUAACGGACAGCCCUCUCUGUCUGCCACCUGUGCCAUGUAUUUACUGAUCUCGGAUAACUUGGCUGAGGUGCCAGAACUGAAGGAUAUUUCUUACGAUGAGAAGAACUCCAAACUGACUUCCUAUCUGAUCAUCGCUCUGGUUUGUGUGUCCACCUUCUUCCUGACCUUCAUCAUCAUCAUCUUGGGUGUGAGGUUUUGUCGCAGGAGAAAGCCCCGACUGUUGUUUGAUGGAGCAGUUGCCAUCCCCAGUGGUUAUCUGCCUCCUAAUUACGCAGAUGUUGACGGCACAGGAACUUUACGCAGCGCUUACAAUUAUGACACGUACCUGACAACAGGAUCUAGAACCAGUGACUUUAAGUUUGUGUCCUCUUACAAUGACAACACGCUGCCUGCUGACCAGACUCUGAGGAAAAGUCCCACUGACUUUCUUGAAGCUUUUGAUGAAUCUACAAAUGCAUCCCAGGUAGGAACGUUAUAGCUACCACAGCUGUUUUUAUGCUUUAAAGAAUCUUUUUUUUUUUUUUUCUAAAGAUUAUGUUUCAUAGGUAAACCAAAACCGAUAUGUGCAGUGACUUCAGAAUUUUAAAUCUUCUUAUUUUACGUUGUUUUAGACCCAAUUUAAUAUUGUUUUUCCUUAUUCAAACUUGCAAAUUAGGGUUUUUAUUUUUCAUAAGGGGUGUUCUUUUGUCAAUUUUGUUUUUAUUGUAACCACGUUUUUACACACAUUUCUAACCCCCCCAAGUAGUGAAGUAAAAAGAUUACAGUAUGUAAUAUAAAUCCAGGGAAUUUUUACACUUCAAGGACAG